CGGGGAGGGGGGGGUCCCACUUGGGGGGCUCUCAGCUCUCGUCCUGCUGGGCACUUGGGCAGCAGCAGCAGCAGCAGCAGCAGUGAGCCCGAGCCCAGCUCCUCCCAAGAAGCCGGGCCGGGCUGCUGCUCCUUGCCAGCAGGGCGAGGAGGGGCCACGCCUGCCCUCUGUCCACAGCCACGGGCAGAGCAAACAGGCGGGGCGCGUCCGCCCGGCUGUGUGCGAAGCAGGUGGGGCUGCCAAGGCCUCUGCGGCUGGGGCCAUGGGGCUCCUCCGGCCAGACGAGUGCCUGGCGUGGCCGCCUCCGGGCUGUUGUCCCAGUUCUCACCAUGUCUGAUGGGGACUACGAUUACCUGAUCAAAUUCUUAGCCCUGGGUGAUUCUGGCGUAGGGAAGACGAGCAUCCUGUAUCAGUACACAGAUGGCAAAUUCAACUCCAAGUUCAUUACAACUGUUGGUAUCGACUUCCGGGAAAAGAGAGUGGUGUACCGAUCCAACGGGCCAGACGGCCUCAGUGGCCGAGGACAGAGGAUCCAUCUUCAGCUGUGGGACACUGCAGGGCAAGAAAGGUUUCGCAGCCUGACCACGGCCUUCUUCAGAGAUGCUAUGGGCUUCCUUCUGCUCUUUGACCUGAGCAACGAGCAGAGUUUUCUCAAUGUCCGGAACUGGAUGACCCAGUUGCAGACACAUGCCUAUUGCGAAAACCCCGAUGUGGUCCUGUGUGGAAACAAAAGCGACCUCGAAGAGCAGAGGAUGGUGAAAGAAGGGGAUGCAAAGGAACUUGCAGAGAAAUACGGGAUCCCUUAUUUUGAAACGAGUGCAGCCAACGGAAGCAACGUGAGCAAAGCCAUCGAGACGCUCUUGGACCUCAUCAUGAAGCGCAUGGAACGGUGUGUGGACAAGUCCUGGAUACCAGAAGGGGUAGUGCAACCCAAUGGUCGCAGCUCUACGGAGCAGCUCAGUGAGGAGAAAGAGAAAAGCAAAUGCAGUUGUUGAGGAAAUGCAACAUGUUGAAUUAAGCUAUGAUAAUACUAUGGUCUGAGCUUCAUCUGAUUCAUUUACAGACCGCAACUGCCUUCUGUAUACCUAGAAAUAUAUAUAUAUAUGUGUGUGCUCAGCUUUGAAGUUUACUUUCUAAUAACACUGAUUGGUGCUUUGCAAAUGUUUCCUUUUGCUGAGUGAUGAUUUAGCCAGAGAGUUCUUUCUGUGGGUUGACAGUAUUAUUGGUCAGUCUUGCUCCUGGAGACAGAGUCUCUUGCCACCCAGCAGCAAAGCUCUCUUCAGGAAGGGCCCCGACGUUCUCACUGCAGCCAUCAAACCCAGCCUCGGGAGUCCUGGGCGAACCUUUGGCUUGUUUGGUUUGGGCCAGGGGAUGCAAGGGUCUGUCCUUGAUGAUUAGAGAUGCUCCACACAGAAUUACAAGAAGAUUUUCUAAAUAUCUGCAUAGGAAUCCCACAUUGGCCUUUCUGCCGCACCAAAAUUGGCCUUUCAGGUUAAGAUAACGAAUGGAUAUUGCUUGAACGUUGAUGGAUUUGCCUGCCUAAACAGAUGGGAUUACUCUGUGUGUGUGUGUGUGCGUGCAUGUAUAUACAUAAAAAUAUGUAUAUAUUUAUACACACACACUAUAAUGGUAUAUAUGAAUAUGUAUGUCAUAUGCAAACUUUCUUUAGGUCUUGACAGGAAUAUAGAGCAAGCUAAUGCUUUGCACUAAAUGUCUUUGUCCCAAGCAUACGUUUGGAAAUUCUCCAUCACAAUUGGACCAAAAAUGUUAUUACUGGCUCUGUCUUGGUGACGUCUUGCUUUGCUAAUUAAUGCCUCUCAGCUUAUAUACCUGGUGGCUUCUUUGUUCCAAUAAAAUCUGGUGUCAUUUGUUGGGAUUAGAUGGAUAGUUUGAUUUUGCUUAUAUGUAAACAAAAUGUCUAGAUCAGUUUAUUUAUUCUCUGCUAUAAGAAUCAGGCAGAAUCAGUAUUUUAAGUGGGAUGUACAGUCUAUCAGGAGUACAUCCUGUUUGUAUGUAUUCCGUGUCUGUUCUCUCACUCCAAACACAAUUUUUUUCCACUUCAAUGGAGCAUGUACAAAGGGGAUGUGAAAUGCCUGUCUACUAUAUUUGUUGUUGCUUUUUCUCAUCACGAUGUGCCUACUGAGUGAUCUUUGCGAGCAGCUAAAUUUGCACACAUCUAUAAAGAGCUUGCCAAAAAGUCUUAAUAUGCCAAAUGUCUUUCUCAGUGUCUCAGGAUGACUGCAUUCCAGCACACACUGCUGGGCCCAAAGAGGCAAUUCCGGCUGCUGCCGCAGGGCUGAAAAUUCUAUCUAUGGAGGCCAAACUCUAGGCAACACCCUUCCAGAUACAUCAGCCACAGCACCAAACUGUCUUCUAACUGGCUUGAGCUUCAAAAGUGACUUGCCGUUUUAGCAAAUCUGAUUCAGGAACUGAUGAAUCAACCAGCUCCCCACCCCACAAAUUAUCACAUUAUUGUGAUUUGCUGGACUAUAGCCAAUAUGUUUACAGAGCUCCAAAAAUUACUUCUUGGAAAAGUCUGGGUAUUUUGACCACCAUGUGCCUUGAGUCAUUUAGCAACUGGACUCACCACUAAAAUGCAUUUUGACCAAACCAUCAUAACAUCUGCAUGUAACUGUGACUUUGGCAGCUGCCAGGGCCAGGCUUCAACUGCCCUCCCUGGGGCACUCCUACCUGAGCAUGGGAACACCUCCCCCCCUUUCCGAUGUAUGUUGUAACAAGCACAGCACACAACAGAUAUAUUGAUUGAUAUGAGACACCCCAGUGUGUGAGUGUGUGGACACGCAAGCAUUUGGCUCAAAUGUUUGUGGUUGCUGGAAAACAACUGACAGCAGGCUUAAAAGGAAACAAAACAAAACAAAACAUUACUUAUGAGGUGGAAUUUCCUAGAACCCUGCCUCCCAUUUCUGUCACUGGCUCUAGAUUAAAUGAAAAUCUAAUGCAGUCCACGAAGAACAAACCAGUUUGCGGCAGGAGGGCAUUUCACUUUAAAUGGAGAUGCAUUUCAGGUUUGAUACUAAAAGGCUCAAACUGCCAUAUUUUUGUAUCUGUAUGUAUUUAAAGUACCAUAUAAAAGGAAAAUGUAUCUCUUUGAUCUCUUUGUACUGUAAUGAAAAAAGAUCACUAUUAAAAACUUCUAGCUAG